GGCAUGUGAGUUCCACCUCGGAGUACUAUUUGUUUUAAAGCGUGACGUUAAAAUAUUCAAACACUAUAGAAACUACGCCAUAUGUGUAUUUUGAUUCGAAUAAAGCCGUAAUAGCAAUCAAUCAUCUAAUCUAUUCAUCAGAAGAAACUCAAGAACAUGGAGAGGAAAGAGGGCGAAGAGACAAUUAUUGCAGAAAAUGGGAAAAUAGAAGCAACCCCACAAAAAGACGGUUCAAUUUGUGGGUUUGACUCUCUUCAUCAUCUCCUUCAAGCUUCUCUCAAUCCCCAACUUUUCCAGGAAGUCAGUCGCAUACUUCUUGGGCUAAAUUGUGGAAAGAAACUUGAGCCUAUUGCUCUUCCGCAGCCUGUCAAAGUUCUGUCCUCUGAACAUGAUUUUGAUCUUCAGGCUUUUAGCUUUUCUGCGGACAGAGAGUCACUGAGAGAACCUCGGAUUGUGAGGGUUGGCCUCAUUCAGAAUUUUAUUUCCUUACCCACAACUGCACCUUUCCUGGAUCAAAAGAGGGCCAUCUUUAAAAAGUUGACUCCGAUCAUUGAUGCUGCGGGUUCUUCAGGAGUCAAUGUUCUAUGCUUGCAAGAGGCGUGGACAAUGCCUUUUGCAUUUUGUACGCGUGAGAAAAAAUGGUGUGAAUUUGCUGAGCCAAUUGAUGGAGAAUCAACUCAAUUCCUUCAGGAAUUUGCACGAAAAUAUAACAUGGUUAUCGUUAGUCCGAUUCUUGAGAGGGAUGUUUAUCAUGGAGAAACCCUGUGGAACACAGCAGUGAUAAUUGGAAAUCAUGGUAACAUAAUAGGGAAACAUCGGAAGAAUCACAUACCUAGAGUUGGAGACUUCAAUGAGAGUACAUAUUAUAUGGAAGGGAACACUGGCCAUCCUGUGUUUGAGACAGCAUAUGGCAAGAUUGCUGUUAAUAUAUGUUACGGAAGACACCAUCCUCUGAACUGGUUAGCGUUUGGGUUAAAUGGUGCAGAGAUUGUUUUUAACCCAUCAGCUACUGUUGGUGAACUUAGUGAACCAAUGUGGCCCAUUGAGGCUCGCAACGCAGCAAUAGCAAAUAGCUAUUUUGUUGGUUCAAUUAACCGCGUCGGGACAGAAGUUUUCCCCAACCCCUUCACUUCAGGAGAUGGAAAGCCACAACAUGCAGAUUUUGGGCAUUUCUAUGGUUCCAGUCAUUUUUCUGCACCAGAUUCGUCGUGUACACCUUCUCUGUCCCGUCACAAGGAUGGAUUGUUGAUAUCUGACAUUGAUCUCAACCUUUGUCGGCAGCUAAAGGAGAAAUGGGGAUUUCGAAUGACUGCUCGUUAUGAAGUCUAUGCUGAUCUGCUAGCUCGUUAUGUAAAGCACGAUUUUGAGCCACAAGUCAUUUCUGAUCCCUUGUUAUAUAAAAAUGCUUAAGCUAUGCAUUGGUCAUUAAUGAAGGAAAGCAAGAGUAAAUUUGCUUUCAGACAAUCUGUAAAGUAUCACUAAGUUCCCAAGUUAAUGGCCAUGAAAUGUACAAGAACAUAUGCCCUUGAUUUGCAAUAAAUUGUGGAAUUUGUACAAAUGCUAAAUUCAUGUGGACUAGUAGUUUCUUCUUGUUGGACAUUUUUUCAUCAUCAAUGUACUUCCAAGUUUAUCAGCAA